GUCCUCGCCUUAGUGUUAAAAUCUUAUAUCAGCCCACCCAAAAAUAUCAAGAACAUUCAAAAAGCCAAACAUCCUGAAGUGCUGGUUUUCAAGAACUACACACCGUUGGAACUAGUACCAUUUGACGGCGGUCCCUAUGCCAAUUUUGCUGGACAUGAUGCUUCUCGUGGACUAGCGAAGAACUCUUUUGAUAUCGAAAUGAUGUCUGAUCCUAACGGAUUGAUCGAUAAGCUGGAAGACUUAACUGCGGACGAAUGGGAGAGCUUAAGAGAAUGGGAGAAUCACUUUGCUUCAAAAUAUCUUUUGGUGGGAAAACUGCUACCUAUAGAGCUUUGGUUUCGUAUCUUUCAGAAUUUGUGUAUAGCUGAUUUGAUGAAAUGCACUAGAGUUUCCAAGUCAUGGUACAAUGUCAUUUACGAAGGAACUUUAUGGACCAAUAUCGAUUUAUCGAAAAAUAGCCAUUAUACGUGUGUACCCAAUGAAGCAAUUAUGAAAUUCAUUCAAUCAUCAUCAAAAUAUCUGAAAAUAGCAAAUUUAAGGGGUUGCUAUCAGUUGUCUGGUCGAACUUUAAGGCAAAUAGCUUUGGACUGCCCAAAUAUACAUACACUGAUCUUGAAAGAUUGUCGUAACAUAUCUGUCUUCAGUCUGAAUCAAUUUUUUCGAGAUCCUCAACUUCAUUUACAGCAUUUGAAAAUUCUUGAUUUAUCUGGCCUCCACACAGUCAGGAAUACUGCAUUCACUCAAUGGUUACAGCCAGAAAGAAUUGAUAUUAGAAAAAAAAAACCUCCCAUUGAGCAGCUCAAUUUGAGUUACUGUCAAUUUCUACAAUUUGAAGGGAUCAAAGCCAUCGUACAAGCUUGUUCAACAACCUUAACUCACCUAAGUUUAGAUGGCGUCCCUGCAAAUCAUGUCAAUGAUGAAACUCUGAAAAUAAUCGGGAAUUAUCUGAACCACCAUUUAGAAUAUUUGAGCCUUGCAUAUUGUCAUGGCAUAACUGAUCAAGGACUAUGCAUGUUUCUACAAAAAAAAGAUAACCAAACUCUAAUACUAUCUAGCUGUCAAAGACUUACUGAAGUCACUUUACACCUUUUAGCCAGUACAACUUUUGACCGUCUACAAAUUCUGGACAUAUCAAAUAACAGCUUAAUGGCUGAUGGUACUGGAUUAUACCGAUUUUUUCAAGAUGUCAACACACUGACACAUUUGAAUUUAGAAGGCAUAACCGGCUUAAGCUCAUCAACUAUCCAUGCAAUCGGUCAAUAUCAGCCCGAUUUGCAUUGUCUUUCGCUAUCUAGUUGCUCUCAAACGACCAAUCAGAAUAUUAUAUACUUAUUCCAGCGUUGCCAAAACUUACAACAUUUGGAACUUAAUGGUUGCUUCGAAAUAACGGAUGAAUUAAUAAAGACAUUGGUGGUAACCUUAAAAACAGAUCGAAAUUCAGGCGUAUAUCUCGAAGUAGUAGACUGCCCACAUAUUACUCAGCAUGUUCUAAAAGAAGCUGUAAAAGCAUGCCCGAUGUUAUCUAUCAAAAGUUUUUACUCUUUCUAG